AUGAUUAGUAGAACUGUGUGCCGCAGAUCAUUUAGUACCAGUGUUUCCAUUGGGAAACAGUUUGGGUUUCCGCAGACACAAGUGACGUCUAUCUACAACAAGACCAAGAGCGCAUCCAACUAUAAAGGGUAUCUAAAACAGAAAGAUGCUCCAGGAAUGCAUUAUCAGCCAUCAGAAUCCAUCGCCACGGGUUCCAUCAAUAGUGAAACCGUUCCUCGUAGCUUCAUGGCAACUAAUGACCCUCGGAAGGAGUUCGAUAUGCCUGCUCAGGUCGUUCAAGCGACGCACUCUCCCAACGUUCUCGUAAGUAAAAGCACAGUGAACGGCAAGACGUAUCAUUUGGGGCCACAAGAGGUCGAGGAGAUCCAGAGAUUGCGUCAAGAGAACCCUCAGAAGUACACACGUAAGGUUUUGGCCGCCAAGUAUGGCGUAUCGCCGUUAUUUGUAUCAUUGAUUUCGAAGCCAAAUGGCCAACGGGCGCAAGAAAUGGAGGGCAGGCUGCAAGAAAUUAAAUCACGCUGGAAGGACAAGAGGUUUGUGGCCAGAGAGGACCGUAAACGCAGAAAGCUGUUGUGGUACCAGGCGUGA